AUGAAGAAGCAACCAAAGUACCCGGUGCGCUUCAUGCAGAUGAACCCGGAUCCAUCGAUGCAGCAGGCACGGCGAGGGCGCGAGAUGGACCGGCCGAGGGAGAUGACUGAUGCAGAAAGAUCGGACAUCAUUGACUUCUGCGAUGCGGCAGCAGAAUGGGGAUCCAUGCUUCCAAUUCCAGUGCAUGAAGCGGAACAGAUGGUCGAAUUGGCUGACCGGAGGAAGAUCGCAGAUGUCGACGAACCUUAUCGGCAGCAAUCGCGCUAUAGUAAUCGAGAGGAGUCGCACGGUCAAAGGCAGUCACGUUUCAGCGAAAGGGACGAGUUGCAAGAUCAGAGACAAUCGCAAUUCGCGCCGAAUGCCUUACCACGCGGUAUGGGAAGGCCAGUCUAUGAACCAAGGCAACCAGAACGCGAGGAUAUCUAUCGGCCACAUAACGCUGGAACGUGGCCUGGUGACGAGUACCUCAUUGCAGAAGAAGGGCAGCUUGCGGAAGACAGGCGACGGAGAAGUCGUGUGUCGUUUGCGAAUGAAGAUUCAUAUCUUGACGUAAGAGGCAUGCGCCGGUGA